AAUUCACCAUAGAUAAUCAAUUCAUAGUUGUCAUCUAUGGUCGAAAUUUGUCUGUGGUAGUCAGUGGUCAAUUUUGUGCUGUGAGCAGUAAUUGCUAGUGUAAUGAUUAACUAAUUCGCACUAUUACUAUUGUUUGGUUUUGUAAAAAUGGCACGCAUUAGUGGUGCUUUGCAAUUAACGAAUUUGAACGACUUUAUAACACCUUCUCAGGAAUGCAUAAAACCUAUUAUAAUCGAGAAAAGUUGUACAAAAACUGGAUCGAAAAUCUCUAUUCAAGAAGAUGGCACAUAUUAUCAAGUAGAAGAUUUGACCAUUCCUCAAAAGCUUCAGAAGGUGGAGAUUGCAUUGUCAGAUUGCUUAGCUUGCUCAGGAUGCAUUACAUCUGCUGAAAGUGUAUUGGUUGACCAACAAAAUCAGGAGGAACUAUCAAAAGUAUUUAGGGAGAAAAAAAUAUUACAAAAGGAAGGAAGAGUAUCGGAAACUCGGUUUAUAAUUGUAUCACUAUCUGUUCAGCCUGUGCUGUCUUUAGCUGUCAAGUAUAAUUUGGAACCAAAUGAUUGUGCAGCAAGACUGGCUGGAUAUUUUAAACAUCUGGGAGCUGAUAUGGUAGUAGAUAUGACUAUUGCAGAAGAUUUAGCUCUUCUGGAAAGUCAAAAGGAAUUUGUGGAAAGGUACUCAUCAGCAGAAAUUAGUGGAAGCAAAAAUCUAUUACCUAUGUUGUCAUCUAGCUGUCCAGGUUGGGUCUGUUAUGCAGAAAAGACUCAUGGUAGUUUUAUUUUACCCUACUUAUCAAGUACAAAGUCUCCUCAACAAAUAAUGGGUUCAAUAAUAAAAAGGUUUGUGCAAAAACUUGUAUCUUUGCCAAUUUAUCAUGUAACUCUUAUGCCAUGCUAUGAUAAGAAACUUGAGGCUGUUAGAGAAGACUUUAUUAAUAAAGAAAACAAAAUUAAAGAUGUUGAUUGUGUGAUAACAGCAAUUGAGCUUGAACAAAUGUUCUUGGAUGGAAACAUCUCUCUAAAUGAAGUGCCACCAUCAACUUUCAAUCAGCCGUGGAAUUCGGAGAAUCAAGAAAUAACUCCUUGUUUAAAGAGGCAGAUGGGAAGUGGAUCAGGAGGGUUUGCACAUAAUAUAUUUAAAUUUGCUGCCGAGGUGCUUUUCCAAGUGGAGAAUCCUCUAAUAGAGUUCAAAUGUUUAAGAAAUCCUGACUUCAAAGAGCUCACUCUGCUAGAUAAGAAUGACAAGGUGGCAUUAAAAUUUGCUAUCGUUAAUGGUUUUACAAAUAUUCAAAAUUUGGUCCGGAAAUUAAAGCGAGGUAAAAGUGACUACCAUUAUGUGGAAGUAAUGGCUUGUCCAUCGGGUUGUUUGAACGGUGGGGCCAUGGUACAUCCUCAAAACAGAACUGUGAAAGAUUUGACAACCGUUCUGGAAGAUUUGUAUACAAAUUUGCCCAUUCAAAAUCAAAACGAAAGUAAAACCGUCAAAAGCUUGUACCAGCAGUGGUUCAAAGGCGAAGAAGGAGACAUUACAAAAAAUAUACUUCAUACUGGAUAUCAUGAAAUCGAAAAAGUUAAUGUCUCAUUAAAUAUUAAGUGGUAAACUAUCUUGUGUUGAUUGUAUCAUCUAAUAGUUGUGCUUUUAUAUUCAUGUGUAUGAAAAACGAGCAAUAAUCAUAUGAGCAUAAAUAAAAACUCCGUAAAAAUAAUAAGAGUUCAACAAUUU